AUGCAAUGGCUGGCCUUGACGCUGGGAGUGGCUUUGGGUUUCCUGCUGUGCUGGUGCGUGUGUCCUUCGCACACGCCAUGGGAAUGCGGCAGCAUGUGGCCCCCAGCGGCAUGCAGUUUCUGGCGUUGGUGGAAUGCUUGGUACAUUUUGGCUGUCACAGAGCGGGAUUUCACUGCUUUGAUGGAUGCUUUUACUGGCGCCCAUCUCGUGUCCCAACUGAGCUUAGUGAGCGUGAGUGCGGUCUCACUAGUGGCGCUCAAGUUUGGCCAGCAGUUUUCCCAUGCGGUUGAGGCUGUGUUGCAGUCUCCUAGGGUCCGUGGCAGUUUGCACCUCCAGUCAUAA